CCUCGAUGUGAAUCAACCCCAUGAUGCAACAUGCCUCCCCUGCCCCAGCUCUGACGAUGAUGGCCACGCAGAAUGUCCCUCCCCCACCCUACCAGGACAGUCCACAGAUGACGGCAACUGCCCAGGCGCCCUCUAAGGCCCAGGCUGUCCACAUCUCCGCACCUUCAGCCGCUACCAGCACUCCUGUACCCAGUGCCCCCAUUGACCCCCAGGCCCAGCUGGAGGCUGACAAGCGAGCUGUGUACAGGCACCCUCUUUUCCCGCUCCUGACGCUGCUGUUUGAGAAAUGUGAACAGGCCACCCAGGGUUCUGAGUGCAUCACGUCCGCCAGCUUUGACGUGGACAUCGAGAACUUUGUCCACCAGCAGGAGCAGGAGCACAAACCCUUCUUCAGCGAUGACCCAGAACUGGACAAUCUGAUGGUGAAGGCAAUCCAGGUCCUGAGAAUCCACCUGCUGGAGUUGGAGAAAGUCAAUGAACUCUGCAAGGACUUUUGUAACCGUUACAUCACCUGCCUCAAAACCAAGAUGCACAGCGAUAACCUGCUCAGGAAUGAUCUCGGGGGGCCCUACUCCCCCAACCAGCCCUCCAUAAACCUUCACUCACAGGUUAACCUUGACCUCACCUCCCUCCUGGACAAUGAGGAUAAGAAGUCCAAGAACAAACGAGGAGUCUUGCCCAAGCACGCCACCAAUAUCAUGCGUUCUUGGCUCUUCCAGCAUCUCAUGCACCCCUACCCCACGGAGGAUGAGAAGAGGCAGAUCGCCGCCCAGACAAACCUCACCCUCCUGCAAGUAAAUAACUGGUUCAUCAAUGCCCGGAGGCGCAUCCUACAGCCCAUGCUUGAUGCCAGCAAUCCAGACCCUGCCCCUAAAGCCAAGAAGAUCAAGUCACAGCACCGGCCCACCCAAAGAUUCUGGCCCAACUCCAUUGCCGCAGGGGUGCUGCAGCAGCAAGGCGGAGCCCCGGGGACAAACCCAGAUGGUUCCAUCAACUUGGACAACCUGCAGUCCCUGUCCUCAGACAAUGCCACCAUGGCCAUGCAGCAGGCUAUGAUGGCGGCACACGAUGACUCAUUGGAUGGGACAGAAGAGGAAGAUGAGGAUGAGAUGGAAGAGGAAGAGGAAGAGGAACUGGAGGAGGAGGCUGACGAGCUUCAGACGACGAAUGUCAGUGACCUGGGCUUGGAACACAGUGACUCCCUGGAGUAGUUGGAAGCCCAGAUGGCACUGAUCACCAAGCAGGAGAGGAGUGUCAUCAGGAGGGCUUCAGGGUGGGGGGGAAGGGGACAUGGGCAGGCAGCACCAAGGAAGUCGGGCCCUAGUUUCCCAAAAUCAGUAGCUUGAAGAAAUGCCGAGGAGAUACCUGCUCCUUCCCAACCACCAAGCUUCUAUGAUACCCCAGCCCCACUUCCCUAGAACUGUGGAGGACUCCGUUUGGUGGGGGCCGGUCAAGCAGCCUGUACGGAAAGGCAGGAGUGAGAUCUGGACUCACCAAAUCCCCGAGGACAGAUGGCACCCAUGGGACCCCCACUGAAGGACUUGAGUUGUUUACAAGCCCUGCACUGUGAGGCGACCACUGUUUGCAGAGCAAGCCUUUGCCAGGGGACAAAGUUAGGAGGAAAGGAGAGAGAGAGACAAAGGGGGGUCUGGGUUCUAUCCCCAGAAGGUUCUCAGCUCCUUUGAGAGACGUUCAAGGGCAGGAGGGAGCCCAAACAUAUAGCCAGUGGCUGGAGGAGUGGGAGGGCCUGAGGCAUCACAUCUUGCAGAUCAGCGUGGACCCCGAUUCCACAGGGCUCCAGCUCAUUCCUCCAAGACCCCUUCUCUGGGCUGGGCAACCAUGGACUUGGGGAGAGGGAUGGAGCCACCAGAGCCGAUUUCUCUCUCUUUCUCCUGGAAACAAAUGGUAAGAUGGUGGGCUCCAAUUAUAGGAGGUUAAGAGGAGACCCUUCACCUGGGUUGGCUCCAGGACCCAAGGAGUUGGCAGAACCUGGGCUAGGAGCCAUAUCAAGGUGACUUUGGGGACCACAGAUGUCCUUAGGUGGUCACAGAACUCAGCUCCUAUAACAACAGGACAAUGGUGUCUUAUCCCAGAAGGUCCAGUCCUCAGACGGAGCUCUUUGUGUGUUCCACCUCCUCUACAGACCAUCAAGGAGGGCGGAGCCAGGUUAGCUUGGAAUCUUUCCAUCCCGCAGGACCCCCACUGCUGCCCCUCUGCUCCAGGCUGGCUCCAUCAGCCUCCAUCCUCUCUUCUUCAUCUAUCCUUCAGAGAAGGCAGAAGAAACAUUGGAGAAAAGCAUCCAGCCCAACGGGAAGCCAGGGGUUGGAGAAGGUGCUACAUACCUCCUCCCAUCAAUAUCCAAAGUGUGGGGGAGGGCCCAGAGAAAUGGCCCCCAAGAGCCAAGUGGUGCCCCACCCUAUUUGCCUCACUAAUCUAUACACCACCAUUACACACAGCACUGGAGGAACUGGGGCUCCGACAAGAAGGAGGCUUUCCACCACCUUCCCUAACACACACCCUCCCACCCCAACUUCCAGGCCCCUUGAUUGGUACCCCCUACUCCCUCUCCCUCCCACCCCUAUGGCUGUGAAUGACAGGACUGAUCACACGUGUGUUCUCCAUUGGAUUUAAUUUAAUGGACUUGCAGUUUCAUUUGUAAAUUGUGCAUUGGCCAUCUCCUUCAGUGGCAGGAUGUAAGUGGCUACCUGGCUCAACUUGAGGGGACCCUCAGGGCCCUCUGGGGCUUCCUCUCCCCCACCUGGUUGGGGUAGAGCAAAAGGAUGGUCACUUUCCUGGGGUCUCCCUGAAAUGAAUGUAUUUCUCCCCAAAAGAGCUGAUAUUUAAUGUUUUAAUAGGGAUUUUUGAAAAACAAAUAACCUUAUUUAUAAUCUGGGUGAUUCGAUCAUUUUUUACUCCCUUUUGAUGCCACAGGUAGAGGAAAGUCUAGCUUUUUUGGCAACGUGCAGUGGGAUAAAAUACAUUUCUUUUUCUGGUUCGUUUUUCUUGUUAAAACUCACACACACACACACACACACACACACACACACACACACGCACACACCCCUUCUACUUACCACUUUGGACAGGCAUCCCAUCCCAGCACAGGCACACCUGCACACACGUGCCCACACACCCUCCUCCCAGCCCCUCCACCUGCCUAAUGUUAUGCAACCUCCUUCUGAUGUAUCCACCAAACCAGUACUGAAUGUGGCCGAGAAGUUUCCAGUAAAUCUCAUUACCUACCAUAAUUCUGCUGCGUGAUUCACUUUUUCUGUGAUUAGUGGGACCGUGGACCAGAGAGAAUUUGGGGUCCUCAGCAUAACCCUUGUUGAAUUGACUGCCCACAUGGAAGAAGACAGGCAGAGGGCUCUCUGGAGAAUCUCAGUUUACCUGCCUGGGGAGGCAGACAGACAAGUUUGGUAUAUUCACUGCAUAUGUGUCUCGCUUGCAACAGAGAUGUUGGCGGGGAGGAAGACAGGAGGAAGCUCUGCACUGCCCUCUCCUGACAAUUUUCACCCAUAGCAGUGGCAAGCGCAGAAUUUGGUCCCGCGCUUCCAACAUACUCCACCUCCCACAAAGCUCUUUGCUGUUUCCAUCUCCAUUGUAGGCUCCGAGGGCUUUCAUCAUUGAAGCUGAUGCCACCACUGUUCCCCAACCGCUGCCCUCACAUGCCCACCCUUGCCCUACCCCUCAGGUCCCAGGAAUCGGGAAGGAGAGGCAAUCUUGACUGUCACAUUAAUCCUGGAUCUGUGUUCAACGCAGAGCCUGUCCUUUGCACCCCAGGGUUCAGCACUGUAUUCCCCUGGGGCAAGAAGAAAUUUAGCGGCAGCUUAUCUCUUAUCCCCCCAAGUAAGUGAGAGGCAGACUUUCUUGUUACUUUGAAGCUAGAGGUGUCCUUAUCUGGGCACUGUUGCUGAGAUGUUCAGGGCAUCGGUUUAGAAGCAGGAGGGGGGAAUUUCUCAUUCACAUUUGCAAAGGCUACAGAGUUUGCACUUACCCGUGGACACCCUAGAGCCAGGCUGAAGAUAAAGAGGGGACUGGGUACCCAGGCAAAAUGGGCCUUUAGCAGCCCUGUUGGCGAUUCCCUGGGUCACUGCUCUCACUUCUCCCAGUCCUCCCAUCACACCCAGAGCAUUCUGCAAACGCAGCAGAGACCUGCUUCCAGACAGUGGGAAAAGUCUCAAGAUCUACAAGAAGACGAUACCUUAGAACAGCGGUUCUCAGCCUUCCUAA